AUGUACCACAUGCUCAAAAGAAAUCAACACAGCCAAUUACAUACAAAUAUGAUGAACCAACAACAUUUAUGCCUUCUCCUAUUAGUUACUUGUAUCGUUGUCGGAACGUUAUUCUAUAUAAAACAGCCAACUUCUUAUCGCCACAUUCUCCGUCAGUACCGAAAAAUAGUAAUCAGCCAUCUGCAAUCAAAUACUUAUCUCGAAAGUUUUCUCUCAACUGAUCAGUAUGUUCUUCAUGAUGGCAGCGAUUGCAUCUACUAUGACAACAAAAAUGGUCUCUUUCAUCCAAACACAAAACAUCCACGCUUCAUUGUCACUGGAGGCGCUGGCUUCAUCGGCAGCCAUCUCGUCAAACGACUCACACAACAAUACAAUCCCUCUCAAAUCAAAGUCUUGGACAAUCUCUCACACGGUCGACUUCACAAUCUCCAGUAUGCCGACGGCACAUGGUCCAUCUCUACCACUCGUGACUUCUGUCUCGUCGAUCUUCGAAACGUUCAUGUGGCCCUCAAAUAUGUCACAGGAGCGGACGUUGUCUUUCAUCUGGCUAAGGUGUUCUCCACUUCGAAUCGUUCGUCUGCACUCUAUGAAACAUCUCUAGUCAAGGUCAACGUCAUGUAUGCAAUGAAACUCAACACAAUCGCUAACCUCGUAUUUGCCGAAGGUGGUUGGCCAACGAAGUUAAACUCGUCAGUGCCCUUGAGUGAGAAGUUGAAACAAUACGAAAACGAUCUAGUACACUCUCAUGAGUUCAACAUUGGAGUAGUGCGUUUAGAGAGCGUGUAUGGUCCCAACUGUGACUAUACUGAUCUCAACGAACAGAUAGUGGGCUGGCUGAUAGCAAAAGGGUUGAGCGCAGACAAGGACUCAUUGACACGGUGGAGCGUAAGAGAAGAACACCGUGACUUGAUCUAUGUUGAUGACGCAGUGGACGGUCUGAUGUUGGUAUACGAAGAAGGAAUGAACAAGGGUGUGUUAGAUGUUCGAAGUGAUAGAAGAACGAGCACGAAAGAGCUUGUACAUAUGAUAGAAAACGUAUCAGAAGAAAAGCUGGGAAGAAGGGUGACUGGUAGCUACGAGUUUACGUCAGGUGAAAGCGGUGAAGAGUCGUACGGUGAUGGGAAGAACAUUUUGAGAUGGAGUCCGAAGGUGAAGUUAGAAGAUGGUAUUUGGCGAACGAUGACUUGGAUAGGUGAAAAUCAAAACAAACCAAGAGUACUCGUAACUGCCCUUGGUCAAGCUCGUGGUGGACGUCUUGCAUGGAAUUCUUUGCAUAAAUUUCUCUUGCGUCCCUUCAAUGCUCAUUUAGCAUGGUAUACAACUCAGGUAGAAACCAGCUCAUAUCUACAUGAGAGGGCGCAAUAUCUUUGGAUGGAACCGAACCAUGAUGAAUGGGAUUUGGUCUAUGAGAUGGCAGCGAAAGCAUGUAAUAACGUCAAAGUCGUUGGGAAAUGGAGAGAAUAUUGCAACAUUCCGGGAUUGUUUAUGGGCGGAAUUGGAAAAUGUGCGCACAGUUCGCGUACAGCUGUAUUAUUUGGAUUGCGAUGGUUGUUACAACAAAAGAUCAGUAAACUUCAGUUGCUCGACAAAUAUGAUUGGUUUAUAUUGACUCGAGUUGAUGAGCUGCAUCUAUGUGAACAUUUUGAUUUCACCACUACGACGGAGAGUGACAUUUUAUUGCCUACUGAUGAACAUUACAAUGGCUGGUCGGAUCGUCAUUUAAUUGCUCGUGCGUCUAUGUUUAUGAAGGUGAUCAAUAUCACGAAUGAGUUAAUUUGCAGACCUGAUUACUGGUUGGAAAAAGUGGCAGAGUUUCAGUAUGAACGAAACAUUGAAGUGGUGCAGAAGCUGAUCUGGGACGACAUGGGCUUGACUGUCUCAGAAUUUUCAAGAUCUAUGUUUACUGUUAGAUCGGAAGGCGACCCAACGGCAUGGUCACGAGGUGAAUUCGAUCCGGAUUUGAACUUGUUCGGUCUGAGGGUGAAGUAUCCGAAAGAAUUUACAUCAGCCAAAGCGCGGUGUGCCAACACGAGCUUGACGGGUGCAAUAGAAUCUCUUCGUCGCUAUGAGUGGAAAGUUGUAAAGCAGGUUUUGUUUUGA